UCAUCAAGUUUUCUUUCAUUGCAUGCAAAAUCCAAUCUUUUUCAAUUCAUAGAACAAUUUCAUUUCCUCAAAAAUCCUUUUUUUUUUUUUUCUUGUUUUCAGUCUCAACAAUCCCAGUUUUCUCUUUGAAGAUUCCCACAUUUUCUCUCAUUGAACUCCAAAAAUCUCAUUGUUCAUCAACUUUCCUUUCAAUGUAUAAAAAACCCAAUUUUUUUUCACUUAAUAGAAAGCUUUCCCAUUUUAUCAAAAUCCCAUCUUUCUCUUUGUUUAAAUCUGUAAAAUCCCAUUUUUUUUUUCCAUUUUCAAUCCAUUUUUUGUCUCACAUUCUUUUGACAAUGAGUAAUUCCCAAGCACCCAAAUCAGCAAAAGCUUCAAAGGCUUCAAAUUUACCUCCUCCUUCAAUACCUGCAAAGCCCUCUUCAAUUUCUUCUCACCUUGCAAUGGUGGAACUGAAGCAAAGGAUUUUAACAUCACUUUCCAAGCUUUCUGACCGUGACACUUACCAAAUUGCUGUUGAAGAUCUUGAAAAGGUCAUCCAAUCUGUUUCCUCGGACUCCCUUCCCAUGCUACUCAAUUGCCUUUUUGAGUCUUCCAAUGAUCCAAAGCCAGCUGUGAAAAAAGAGUCUUUAAAGUUACUUUCAAUGCUAUGUAAUUGCCAUGGUGAAUUGGCAGCUUCCCAUUUGACUAAAAUCAUUGCCCACAUUGUUAAAAGACUGAAAGAUGCUGAUUCCGGGGUGAAAGAUGCUUGCCGUGAUUCGAUUGGGGUCCUUUCAGGGCAGUAUUUGAAGGGGGAGAGUGGAGGGACUGUGGUGGGAUUGUUUGUAAAGCCAUUGUUUGAAGCAAUGGGCGAACAGAACAAAGGGGUGCAAUCUGGUGCAGCAACGUGUAUGGCUAAGAUGGUGGAAUGUGCAACUGAUCCUCCUUUGGCUGCUUUUCAGAAGCUGUGUCCAAGGAUCUGCAAGCUGUUGAAUAAUCAGAAUUUUAUGGCUAAGGCUUCCCUUUUGCCGGUAGUGGCGAGUUUGUCACAGGUGGGAGCAAUUGCACCUCCGAGCUUGGAAUCUUUGCUACAAAGCAUCCAUGAAUUCCUUGGGAGCACAGAUUGGGCCACACGGAAGGCAGCUGCUGAUGCUUUGAGUGCUUUGGCACUGCAUUCAAGCAACUUGAUUGCUGAUAGAGCAGCUUCAACGAUAACAGUACUGGAGGGUUGCCGCUUUGACAGGAUGAAACCUGUUAGAGAUAGCAUGACAGAAGCAUUGCAAUUAUGGAAGAAGAUUGCAGGAAAAGGGGAAGAUGGAUCUGCAGAUGACCAGAAAACCUCGUCUCAUGAUGGUGAAAAUGCUCAAUCAGCUGAAUCAUCUGAAAAGAAUGGCUUUAAAAUUCGAAAUGUUGAUGACAAAAAUCCAGAUCCAUCAGCAAAGGAUUCAUCUAAUAAUCUGUCCCCUACUUCGGAUUCUGUUUCCAAAGGGAAAGGUGGAAGCAUUCCUGACAAAGCAGUUGUAAUUUUAAAGAAGAAAGCUCCUGCAUUAACAGAUAAAGAGUUGAAUCUGGAAUUCUUCCAGAAACUGGAAACAAGGGGUUCUGGUGAUUUGCCAGUUGAAGUAGUUGUUCCUCGCAGAUAUCUUAAUUCUUUGAACUCGAAGAAUGAGGAAGAGUCAGAACCAAAUGAUCCAGCCUCAAGAAGAAGGUCGAAUGGUGUGGGAAACAGCCAAGUGGAUGAUUUUCAUGCAACUUCCAGCAACAAAAACAGUAACAUAGAGAGGGGAGCUGCUGGUAUGCGGGACAAAGGGCCUGAAGAGAAGAUAGAUGGAAAAGAUCUAAGAAAAAGGGCAUUUGAUGCUGAUGACAGGAUAGAUGUAAAUCGAAGGGAGCCAUCUGGAAAUCGUUUGGGUUUCUCAAAGCUAGGUGGACAGUCAGAAGGGUCCUUGAUCAGCAACAAAGGAAAUUGGUUGGCUAUCCAGAGGCAGUUGUUGCAGCUGGAGAGACAACAAGCGCAUCUCAUGAACAUGGUGCAGGAUUUUAUGGGUGGUUCUCAUGAUAGCAUGGUAACUUUGGAGAACAGAGUCAGGGGUCUUGAGAGAAUUGUUGAAGACAUGGCUAGGGAUUUAUCAAUAUCAUCAAGCAGGAGAGGUGGUAAUUUUAUGGUGGGGUUUGAAGGAUCUUCUAAUAGACCUUUAGGGAAGUAUAAUGGCUUCUCUGACUAUAGCUCCAAGCUCAGUGGGCGAAUUCCAUUUGGAGAAAGAUUUGUCCAAUCUGAUGGAAUUGCUCCAGGUUUGAGGGGAAGGGGACCUUCUUGGAGAUCUGAAAUGUCUGAUGAUUGGGAUUUCCCCGGAUUUGGUGCUUCCAGAAAUGGGCAAGUUGCUUCAAGAAGAGCUCCAGCUAGCAGCAGCCUGGAUGGUAGGUCACCCAAAUCAGAACAUGAUAGCGAUCAGGCUGGAAGCAGGAGAGCUUGGGAUAAGGACCCUGGGCCUGAGAGGCUUGGUGAAGGGCCUUCAGCGAGAAGUGUCUGGCAAGCAUCAAAGGAUGAAGCUACCUUGGAAGCAAUUCGUGUAGCAGGGGAGGAUAGUGGAGCAUCUCAAACAGGACGUGUUCCUGAAUUGACUGCUGAAGCUGUUGGUGACGAUAGUGUUGGACCAGAGCAAGAUCCUCUCUGGACUUCUUGGAGCAACGCAAUGCAUGCCCUUCAAGUAGGUGAUAUGGAUUCUGCCUAUGCAGAAGUUCUGUCUACAGGGGAUGAUCUUUUGCUUAUUAAACUAAUGGAUAGAUCGGGCCCUAUGGUUGACCAACUAUCAAAUGAGAUAGCAAAUGAGGCCUUGAAUGCUAUUGUGCAAUUUCUUCUGGAGCAGGAUUUGUUUGAUAUUUGUCUAUCCUGGAUUCAACAGCUGGUCGAAGUGGUGUUAGAAAAUGGAGCUGAUGCAUUGGUUAUUCCCAUGGAGUUGAAGAAAGAGCUUUUGUUGAAUUUGCAUGAGGCAGCUUCCAUGAUGGAUCCACCGGAGGAUUGGGAAGGUGUGGCGCCUGACCAACUUCUAUUGCAGUUGGCAUCAGCCUGGGGAAUUGAGCUGCAACAGUUUGAUAAGUAAUCUGCUGGUUUUGGAAUGUGUAUUGUGCUUUACUGGUUUAGUACAGUUAUUUUACAUGAAGUAAAUGGUAAGUGAAAGAAAAAAAAAUGGUUUCCAAACAGCUAUCAUGGCAUCUGUUAUAAAAUAUUGAUUGAUUCAAAGCUGGCUUAUGCUAAUUACACAUUUUUUAUGUCAUGUAAGAUAGUCGCCUCUUAUGUAAAUGUAACUAUGUGUGAGAUGCCUUUUAGCCAAGAGAUUUGUCAU